GGUAACUAAUUAUUGUGUUGAUCAAUUCCAGAUUGUGAUAUGUGAAUUUGUAGUAUUUUUAUUAAUUCAGUCAGUGCUUUCGUAUGAUUGAGAAAAUAAAUAUUAAUUUGAAAAUGUACGGUAGAGCUGAACAACCUACAGAAGAAGCGGCUAUAGAUGAAGAGCCAGGCCCCAUAGAACAGGCAACAGCAGCUGCAGCUGAAGAGCUCCAAAGAUUAACUCUUGAUGGCGCUGCUAAGGUCACCAAUGUCAAGGUCACCACAGAUGAACGCGAGGUCAUAAGACGUGCACAUUUUGCCGAUAAAAUGAGAGAUUCUAAUCAGAAAAUCGAAGAAGAAGCAACGCAGGCUCAAACGCAGUAUGAAGCAACAUCGAAUCGCUGGGGGCCCAUGUUAGAAAUAAAAGAUCCGCUAGACAUAGAUGCUGCAAUGAAAGAGCAGAAAAAGAAAUGUGAUGAUUUACUUAAUCAGAAAAAUACACUCAUUAGUGAACUAAAAGAUGACUUGACCCGAAUGGACCAAGCGUAUUACGACGACUUAGAUAAACAGGAUAAAGACAUUAAAGAACUAUCUGACAGAAUCGAAAAGCAAGUGACAAUAAUGCAGCGGGCAUAUGAGAAACAACUAUCUCUUAUUGAACAAGCUAUUAAUAUAGAACGAGAGAUUAUGGUGGACCACAAUAAUAAGAGAUGGGAAGCUUUGUAUAAACAGCGUGACAGGGAAGAAGUUGCGCAUAUGGAGUAUAAAUUUGAGCAGCUAGAAGAGCAUAAGCAAGAAAUAGAAGCUAUAAUGUGGGAUCACCAUCAAAAAUAUCGCGAUGCUAAGAUUGAAUUGGAAUCCCUAAUUCAAGAACUACAAAAAGAAUUGGAAAAAUUAAAAGCAACUUGUAUUAUCAAUACGGAAAAAAUUGGGUACAAUUAUCAGGUAUUAAAAAAACGUGAAGAGGAAAAUGUGUUUGUUAGAUCCCAACAAAAGAGGAAAUUAAAUAAAAUGUCCGACAUCGCAAACUCUUUACGGGCAAAGAUACGUAAAGCUGCCGAAGAUGGCGCGAUCGAGGAAAUGAAAGCGGAUCAAGAGAUAGUAAAAUUAAUGCAGGCAAUGGACGAUUUGGAGAAGAAGUCAUAUCAUUUUUCGAAAGCAAACCGUUUCAAGUUUAGUCAGGUGUGGAGUAUGUCGACAGCGCGGUGCAGCCAGUUGUCUCGCGAGCUCCGCCAGGCGGAGGUGGCCCUGCACGCCCACAUACUGUCUGAGCCGCCGCCGCCUCCUCCUCCGCCUCCACCAAAAAGCCCCUUGCUUAAGCUUGAAAACGAGGGCGAAAUAACAAAAUCUAUGUCCUCGCUUACAUAUCAAGAAGCCGAAGACCCAGAAAAUAUGUUGGCAGUGGAAGCUAAGGAAAGAUUGGUUCGACAUAUUCUACAAUUAGUGGCGGAUAACACAGGAUUCUUAGUGGAAGAUCGAUUAUUUAAACUCAUUGAGAAGUAUCAACUAUCUGCAAGAAACCUUUGCACUUUGGACGCUAUAUUUAUGGCUCUAGAAAUACAAGCUGAAGAGGACAUGGAACUCCUAUGCAAAACUUUCUUGAAUUACGCUUUUUGCCCGAUAUGUGUUGGUAUGGAAAUGGCGUCGGAUCAGCUGGAAAUGUCCUCCCAAGAGGAUUGUCAAACCAUUAUGUCGCAACAAGCGCGAGGCGAAAGAAUGUCUAUGAGGGGACGUGCAAGCAUUGCAAGAAGUAUUUCAGCGAGUACGUCGAGAUCUAUCCACAUCGGCUUUAGAGGAAACGAAUUAUCUCCUGCCGACCAGCAACUAAUGGCGGAAGCAGAUGAAAUCAUACAGAAAUGUGGAGAGGGCCCAGUGGCCUCGUUAUCAGCCGGCGUCGUUGUGCCGGAUAUGACAGGACCUCGUUCCUUACGCGCAGGCACGCGUGGUGUCACCGUCUCCUCGCGACCAGAGCUGUCCUCUCGCAAGGAAAACCCCUUCCUUUGCCCUGUGGGCCACUGCUUAGAAAUUGAGCCAAUGCAAGUUUUAACAGCUCUAGGAGAAUUUAUAUCGGUUUUUGUACCACCUGAAAAGAAGAAAUUGUAUGAUUUGUUGGAUAGCGUUAAACCACCAGACUUCGGUACCCCCUCACGUAAACUUAAAUCAGAAGAAAUAGUGCAGUAUUGGUCCCAGUGGACGAAUAUAUUCCCACCAGAAAAAGACCGCUUUUGGGACGGCCUUUUGACUGGAUUAAAUAAUUACUUACCAACAUUACAAGAACGGGAACGUCUUCACGACGAGGUUGUGGUGCUGCGGCGCCGCAACGCUGCUCUUCGUCGUUUGGUGCGCGGCGCUCUCCCGGAGCUGCCACGGCCGCAGCCGAAGUACUUGCGUCCCUAUCCACGCGCUUUCACCGCGCCAUUCCCUGACGAAGCGCCAGAACCAUAUGCCAGACUACCACCAAUAUAACACGAAAGUCU